AUGGCAGCUCUUGCAAAUGAAUACAGGCUGGAGAAAGCAGCCCCAGAUGGCUCGCGGGAGGGAGACAAGUCGGGCAAAGACCUGAACCAUCUUUCUCCCGCUCUCUCCACAACCUCCUCAAGACUUGGAAACUACGAGAGCAGAUCUUUUCUUUCCCCUUCCCGCCCUCCUUCCCACCUCGAACAGACCCAAGAGCAGGAGCAGGCGAGCCAGACCCACGCAGCGCGCCCGCAGCCGCCGCCACGACAGGAGACCUGGGCGGCGAGCCGGCCCCACAGAGACAGCCUAGAGCCGUGGCCGCCGCCGCCGCCGCCCGCUCCCGGAGCCCGCUUGGCCCGGGGGUCUCUACCCCUCACUCCCCUCAGCCCGUCGCCGGCGACGUCCGGCCGCCUCACUUUCAGCCCUGACUCUCGGCCUUCCCGCGCCCCCGUCCCGCCCCCAGAGGAACAAAAGGAGGGUUCAGCCGGGUCACUGCCUGGCCGCCGAGGGGUAGGCGGCGCAGACUCCAGCGCUGCCGCCCCCCACACAAAGGGGCUCCGGGCCCCGGGCGCAGCGUCGGCGCGCUCGUCCCCGCUCCGCGAACGCGGGCAGCGAGAGGGCCUGCAGGAGCCGAGCUGGACGGGGCGGGACGGAGGGGAGGGAGGGAGUGCGGCCGCAGGGCCGGGAAGCGAAAGCAAGUGGACAGGGGAAGGCGGCGGACCGGUGGCGGAUGGAGGAGCGGGGCGGGAGACCGGGGCGCCAGCCUGGCUCCGCCGACCGGCACGCGCCGCUCCGUGCGCCCCGGACUCCGCGCGCCCAGCUCGGAGCGCCGCGGGCGGGCGGGGGGCGGGGCGUGGGUGGGGCGGGGCCGGCGAGCGGGGCGGGGGCUUGGACCCCGGGCUCCAGCCGGCACCGGAAACGCGCCGCGGUCCGCCGGACCCACAGGAAGUGUGUAACGGCACCUCCCACGACGCGCUCCGGGAUCACGGUAGUCGCUGCCCGGAGGAGGUGUGGACCGACCCUCUUGCUACACACACGGGCGCCCGAGCUCGGUCUCCGCAGCCCUUCCUGCCAGACGCCCCGGGCCCGCGGUCCCCACUUCCCCUUGGAACUCCACCCAAACGCCAGGAGUCAACCUUGCAAGACACUCCGUUCGUCAGGUGUGGGACACCUGUUUUAACGCACUGA